AUGUCGUCCGAUCUCUGUUCAAAUCCACGCCGGCGGCCAUUUAUGAAUGCCAACCUCCCCCGUCUCUCAACCGAUACUCGUGAUGGCUGUUUCCCCAGCUCUCAGACAACCACAGUUCGCCAUGCUACACUGAGAAAAGAAGCUACAUUUCACGUCUCGGCCUCCCCGUCGUCUGAAGAAGGAGACCCAAUCCUACACUUCCCCACCUUACUGCGUCGUUCUCCCACCAGCCCAGACACCCACCAGGAAGUCAUCGCUGCCAGUGAGAGACGGGUUGCAGGGUGGCUCGGCAGCAUUGAGCGCAACUUGACUGGUCCCGGAAGCAAGUCACUAUCGAAACGAAAGGACAACAACCUACUGGCUCCUCGCGGAGCCCUGAACGCUCGCCUCACCUCUGCUAACCUGAUGGAAAUCGACUCGUCAUUUAGGAAUCCAACCAAAUCUGGAUUGGCCGGGAACGAGAACACCCGCGCCCAACCCUCGGACAGCGGUGUUGGUACUUCAGUUGACGAAGAGAAAGACUCGUUGAAGCGAGGCCCUGUCGGGGCUGUCACAUCUUUCUCUCGUGACUCAGUGAUUCCUUCUGGAGCUGCUCUCAGCUCAGGAGGUAAAAGGCAGAUCCAACGUCAUAUCCUCAUCCCUCUUCUUAAGGAACAACGCUUGAAAUCAUUCCAGUCACUAGUCAGAACUGUACCACAACGUAUCCAGAGUAACGAGAUCACUUGUCUUCGAGACCUCGAGAAGACUUUGCUCUAUCUGGCUCCCCACCACGCCAUUUCCAGAUCGUCGUACUUGAGCUUCUGCGAGUUUACCAUUCAGUGUGUUCACACAACUGUUGGAUACCUCAACGACCGUGACCAACGACGACCAGCAGACCGCCCCUACACCAACGGAUAUUUCUUAGAUCUCGUUGAACAGAUUCGCCAGUAUGCUGCUUUGAUCAGAACUGCUCGUGAAAGGCGUUCGGCUACUCCUACCCGCGACAAUCUUGGCUAUUCUUCAGGUGAGGAACUUGUCCUCGAAGGCGGACUUGCCAGCACCGGCCGUCCAGCCGAACUUGUCAGGAAGAAGAAGGGCCAGACCAUCUCCCUAAAAACCGGACAACCGUACGUGGAAGAGAAACCAGUCGUCCCAAGCUUGAAACGCGCUCCAAGUAUGGAGAACAAGGACAGCGUCAUGCGCUCUAUGGCGCGACGCAAGAAGGAUGCUCCACCAAUGAAUAUCAAUGAGAAGUGCAAGCACUGUGAUAAGGUCUUCCGUCGUCCAUGCGAUCUCACGAAGCAUGAGAAAAUCCACACCCGUCCAUGGAAGUGCUUUGAUACCAAGUGCAAGUACCAUGAACUCGGAUGGCCAACGGAGAAGGAGAGAGACCGUCAUAUGAAUGACAAACACUCCAAGUCCCCGAAGAAGUUCAAAUGUCUCUAUCCGGGAUGUCCAUAUGAUACCAAGCGCCAGAGUAACUGUAAACAGCACAUGGAGAAGCUCCAUGGCUACACGUAUGUUCGAUCCAAGAACAAUGGCAAGACUGCCAACCAGACCUCUCCCCAAUCCACCCCAAUGACCACCAACAUUAGUACCCCACAGGCACCUGCGGCGAAUGUUUCUACUCCUCUCAGUGCCCGGGCGACUAUGUCCCCAUACUUGUCCCCGUAUGAACAGCUAUCUCCUUCUUAUGAGCAGCCAAUGUCGAGUGGAACUCCCAGCAUUCAUGCCCAGAGCCCCAUUGGCGGUGCCCAAAGCCCUGGCGUGUAUCCUGCACCAAGCCCAAGUGUCUACACACCAAGUGAAAUUGGACAGCUACACACUACUCCCGAUGAUUUCCUGCUCUUCCCUGACGCUGGAUCACUGAACGAAUAUAACCCAUGCCACGACGAUUUCAGUGCUUUCUAUGCCGACCUCCAUGCCGGAAACCCAUGCGACACUCUCCCCCAGCUUGACAUGAGUGUCCCCUCGGCCUCAUCUACCCCAGCAGGCAACUACUCCGCGGGAUUCCAUGCCCAAUCCCCACCUGAGCUUGUGGGAGGAAAUAUCGAUCUAGAUUUCCAAUUCGACAUGGCCGAGAAUGAAUACACAUCCAUGAAUGUCCAGCUUCUGAGCCCGGCGCAAUCCAUCGAAGCACAGGCCAUGAAAUCCCACUCUGGACCUGAAACUCUCUGUCUUCCUGUCCCAGCCAUGGAGAAGAAUCCUAACAUCUCCCCGGCCGGACACGGAAACGUAAUGCUGUACUCUCCUGCCUCGUAUGAUAAUGACGAAGGCUUUGAUGAUGGCUUCGAGUGUAUGGACAUGGAAAUGUGUAAACAAGCCGGCGACUUCACACUCUUUGGCAGCCCUGAGGACAACAACAUGACCGCCUCGGGCAUGGUUGGAAACAGCUCUGAGUCUUGGAAUAUCUCGAGCAUGUUCCCACCCCUUGGCACUUUGAAUGAUCAACUAAACAAUGCCGAUUGGCCACAACAGUUGAACUCAAAGGAUAUGGACAUUGACUCGAUCAUGGAAAUGGAUGACAACUUCUAA